AUGCCUCGGUUCUCUGCACUCUCCCUGCUGGCUUUGGGCUCCAUGGCCCUUGCUAGUCAGGAUGACUUCCAGACCAAGUGUGCUCAAUUCUCUGACAAGAUCAAUCUACCUCAUGUCAAAGUUAAUUUUGUCGAAUAUAUUCAGGGAGGAACCAAUCUGUCUUUGCCCGACAAUGCACCCAGCUGUGAUGCAUCAUACCAGGCAGUCUCUGUGGACCUUUGUCGCGUUGCAAUGGCCGUGAAUACCUCUAGCAGUAGUCAAAUUACACUAGAAGCCUGGUUCCCUCGUGAUUACAAGGGACGCUUCCUCAGUACCGGAAACGGUGGUCUUUCAGGCUGCAUCCAAUAUUAUGAUUUGGCUUACACUGCCCAACUGGGUUUUGCGACGGUUGGAGCGAACAACGGACAUAACGGCACCUCUGGAGAACCGUUUUAUCAUCACCCGCAAGUUCUGGAAGACUUUGCCUAUCGGUCUAUUCACACUGGGGUUGUGAUCGGCAAGGAGUUGACCGAUAAGUUCUACGAUGAAGGAUUCAACAAGAGUUAUUAUCUUGGAUGCUCUACUGGUGGCAGACAAGGAUGGAAGUCGGUGCAGAAGUAUCCUAAUGACUUUGACGGUGUCGUCGCGGGUGCCCCAGCUAUCAACUUCAUCAACCUGCUUUCCUGGAGUGCACACUUCUACCCCAUCACAGGAUCUCCGACUUCAGAUACAUUCAUCACUACUGCUGAGUGGGGGCUUGUUCACGACGAGAUUCUCCGCCAGUGUGACACACUUGAUGGAGCAAAGGACGACAUCAUCGAGGACCCAGAUCUUUGUACACCCAUUCUCACGACACUACAGUGUCCUUCAAAUGCGACAAACACCAGCAAGUGUCUCAGAAGUCCCCAGAUCCAGGCAGCUCAGCUAGUGCUGUCCCCCUUGUAUGGAGAAAACGGCGAACUACUAUACCGUCGCAUGCAACCUGGAUCCGAGAAUCUGGCCGCACCCAUCAUGUACAAUGGAGAGCCCUUCGAGUACAGCCAAGACUGGUUCCGAUACGUUGUUUACAACGAUCCAACCUGGAGUGGCAAUUUCACCGCGAAGGAUGCUGCCGCCGCGUUGGCUCAGAACCCAUACAACAUUCAAACCUGGGAUGGUGAUCUGUCUCCUUUCCAAAAGAGCGGUGGAAAGGUUCUUCAUUACCAUGGCAUGAUGGAUGAGCUAAUCAGCUCCGAGGACUCCAAGUGGUACUACUCCCAUGUUUCUGAGACCAUGAAUCUCUCACCCUCCGAAUUGGACGAAUUCUACCGUUUCUUCACCAUCAGCGGCAUGGCCCACUGUGGUGAUGGAAAUGGUGCUAAUGGUAUUGGCCAGGGCAUCGAUACAUAUGCCAGCAGUGAUCCGGAGAGCAAUGUGCUUAUGGCUAUGGUCAAGUGGGUUGAGGAAGGCGUGGCACCCGAGACGGUCCGUGGAGCCAAGUUCAAGGAUGGGGCUGGUACUCCCGUGGAAUACUGGCGCAAGCAUUGUCGCUGGCCUCGGCGUAAUGUCUUCAAGGGUCCUGGAAACUACACAGAUGAGAACUCGUGGGAGUGCAUAUAG